AUGAUUACGACAUCAAUUGCUAGAACUAAGAAUAUCUGUUACACCAUAUUUGAAACUGCUAAUAGUGCAGAAUCAGUAAUCGUGUUCUUGCAUGGGCUUGGAUCAUCUCAAAACUUUUAUUAUUCGACUGCGAAAAGGCUCUCUUCAAAACAUACUUGUCUAGUCCUUGACAAUAAUGGUGCUGGUAGAACACCACUAUCAAGUCCAGAUAUUUCUAUCGAAUCAAUGGGCCAGGAUGUGUUUAACUUGUUGUUAGAAUUGGAUCUUUCGCGUAGACCAUUAACCCUCGUUGGACAUUCAAUGUCAGGAAUGACAGUUAAUUAUAUGAACAGUGAAUUCAAGAAUAAGUUGGAGAUUAAGCAGAAUAUACUUUUGGGUCCAGUUCAUCCAACGGAAAGGAUGAUAGAAAUUUUCGAUCAAAGAAUCCAAUCUGUCCAGAAAAGUAAUUCGUUAUCUGACAUAGCAAACUCUGUGCUGGAAAACGCAGUUGGAUCUAAUUGCACAGACCUCAAACGGGCGUUCAUUCGUGAGCUUGUUUUUGGACAGAAUACUGACGGAUAUAUAGCUAAUUGUGGAAUAAUAUCGAAAGCUGGACUCCAAUCAGACGCAUUUUUAGAGUUAUAUAAGAAAAAUGAGAAGAGGACUUUGCUCAUAUUGGGCGAAGAAGAUAAAACAGCACCAUGGGAUGGGUGUGCUUCCGUGAUUAAUGAUAACCUUCAAAAUAGCCAAGUAUAUCAGUUGAAGGGAGUGGGCCACUGGCAUGCUAUUGAAGAUGACGAAAAAGUAUUAGAGGCUAUUGAGUCGUUUAUCAAAUAG